UGUUUGUUUUUAAAUCUAUCUUUUAUUUUGAAAGGAAGGCUAGGGAACUUGCUUUAGCUUAACUUGACUGUGGAAUUCGUCGUCGUCACUGCUGCGUUGCGCUGCCCGACGUCGGCCGAUCGGAGUUGAUCGCGUCCCGGUGCCCAAAUGACGCCCUGCCCGGGUGCCCUUUAAGGAACCGCCGCCCGCUAUGUCGCGCCGCGUUUAGGUUUCGGUUCGCUUCUCCGAAGAGAGUCCGGGAAGCUCGAGAAUAUUCCGAGCGAUCCAUCCGGGAGGCCGCGGUUUCCCCAUUUCGCUAACGCGCACACAUCACUCGGGCCUUGAUGGUGAUGUAUGCAAGGAAACCAGCAAGAGUCAGUGAUGGGUGCACCGAAAGAAGGGAUUUACAGUCCUAUCAGACCCAUAAAUCUCAGCCAAAGAGCCAGACCAGCAGCCUUCACCGCUACGACAAGGCGCGCGAUGGCUCAUCGGAGUCCACGCCCCCUUAUAAGAUGCUGCGGCGCUCGGAUGAAAGUCCCAUCAGCAGACACGGAGACGGCGCAGGACACGGCAAGACAAAAAUCUCCCACACGGUUCGAGCUAAAAAUGGGACCAGUGACUCUCCUCUUGAGAACUCUCAAAACAACAGCUCGCACCAGGGUGCCGACUCACAUUCCACUCAGAGCAAGCCUGCAGAUCGAGAGCCAGCAGACGACUGGACAGAACACAUCAGCUCAUCUGGGAAAAAGUACUAUUACAACUGCCGAACUGAAAUCUCCCAGUGGGAGAAGCCCAAGGACCUGCUGGAGAGGGAGCAACGGCAGAAAGACCCGACCAAGUUGGUGGCAAACAGUUUCCCCAGGGACAUGGACUACAGACAGGAGGCCUUGCAGGACAAAGCUACAAAAAACUCUUCCGGGGACCAAUCCAACGGGUCCAACAGCGGCCCCGCCGUGUCCUCUUCGUCUCAGAGCCUGAUCCCAGUUUCCAACGCAUCCACCGCGUCGUCGUCGUCGUCAUCAUCCACCGGGCAGUCAAGUCAAAGUGGGCAGUCCUCGUCACCGGCACCGCUCCAGGACCCGGCGCUCCUGCGCCAGCUCCUGCCUGCGCUUCAAGCGACUCUGCAGAUGAACAACGGCGGGAUGGACGUGGCCAAGAUCAACGAGGUCUUGGCAGCCGCCGUCACCCAAGCUUCCUUGCGGUCUGUGCUUCACAAGCUGCUGGCCGCCGGACCCGCUUUCAACAUCACGGCUCUGCUCUCGGCCGCCCAGCACGCCAACCAAGCCCAGCACUCCAGUCAGUCCCCCGCAUCCCUGACGUCGGACGCGUCGUCCCCGCGGCCUUACGUGUCGCCGCGGAACGGCACGCCGCAGAGCAACCAGAAAAACCUUCUGAGCGUUCACCCCGGCGCCGUCGGGUCUUCGCAGACGAGGGGCGGUACAUCUUCAGCUAAACAAGGCUCGGCCCCUCUGGCCCAAAACAUGGAGAAGCGCCCCGAAGACCCCAGAACUCUGCAGCAAAGAAGCCAGGAGAUUCUGUCCGCGGGAUCAAACGCCGCCGGUGCUCCGUUGUCCCAGCCCACUUCCGGCGGCGGCGGUCAAAGUCAGUGUGCCGCUCCCACGUCCUUCACCCCCUCCCUGGCAGCUCACUUUGAUGAGAAUCUCAUCAAACAUAUCCAAGGAUGGCCUUCAGAGAACACCGAGAAACAGGCGGCUCGUCUGCGUGAGGACGUCCACAACAUGGGCAGCCUGUACAUGUCGGAACUGUGCACGGAGAUGAAAAACCUUCGCUCCCUGGUCCGAGUCAGCGAAAUUCAGGCCACGCUGAGGGAACAAAGAAUCCUGUUUCUGAGGCAGCAGAGCAAAGAGCUGGACAAGCUGAAAAACCAGAACUCUUACAUGGUCUGAGGAGAACCCCGAGGGACGAGGGACGGACGGCGUCGGACGUGUCCGAAGAGCCGACCCGAUGAGCGCGGCCGCUCCCGUCUCUUUAUCGGGCCGGCAAGAGCAAGAGCGACUGUUCGAUGGCAGCGGCUUUCCGAGGGGGAGAUGCAACCUCCCCAACGCGUCUGCCACGUUUCCCGCCCCCCGUCGCAAGUCACGCGACGGCUCACCGAGCCGGAAACCCGGGCGGGACCUCAGGCUCUUUUCACAUGGCACCUUUUCGGAUCGUACUUUGUUUUCGGGUGUGUUUAGAUGUGUCGUGGUCAGGAAAAGAUGAGUUUGUUUUCUUCCAAAAUACCAGAACGCGAUUGGCGAGGGUCGUCACGGUCCACGCUCAAAUGGACUUUGGUUCUGCAUGUCCCGCGAGUCAAGCGUCAACAACGUUGGGCUCGAGCGGCAGCGACGUGACGACCGGGUUGUUGCUUUUCCUCGGAGCGAUCAUCAACAUUCCUUUCAACUUGCAGCAGACGCCGCGAGAUGGACCCGACACUGUAAAAUUCAAGGCGAGUUUUCUGCUCCGGUACCGCCGCUGCAGCGCCAAAUCAUGUGUGAAAGCCAUUUGGGGGCGGGAGGGAGCCCACCUUAUCGGACCUAAAACAACUGCUCGUAAUGACUUCUGUUUUCCGAUUGCUCUUUCUUUUUGUAUAACUGUCAAACUUUUAGUUUCCCUCACAUCCAAAUUGGGGAGAAAUAUUUCAUUCCUUCUUUUGUGCAGUGUAGCAAGUAAGUGUAAAAUAGUCAAGUGACUGAAUUAACGGUCAUGUAAAUUAUUGAUGAUUCAGUUUGUGCUUGUUGUCAAAAUGCAAAAUCUAGUCGGAAAGCCUUUUUUUUUUUUUUUUCCCCCACAAAGAAAUUUGAAAUUGAUUUAUGCCUCAGUGGGUGUCGCCCCUCGGCCUUCCAUAUUCCAAUUUGGCGCUCAUUUUUUGAUGCUAGAAUUUUUUUUUUUUUGUUUGUUUUUUUAAAUGCGGUCUGUGAGCAACCCAGAAAUCUUAUUGAACUGCAUUUAUAUGCACCAGAAAGCAAUUUAUUUUUUCCUACUUCCCCACCUUUGUUUUGUUUUAUUUUUUUUUUACCCCAGAUGAUGUGCGCACUUUUUGUUGAUGGGGACGUUGGCUGGGGCGUCUUUGGGCCGCGAGGGCUUUGUAUUCCAUAAAAUAUGAGAUUAAAAUGUAAUGCCACAUCUACUGA